UUUAUCUAUUGAUUGCAUGUUGAAAUCUUACUUUGGAUAUAUUGGGUUAAAUAAAGUAUAUCAUUAAAAUUUCUAAACUUAUGUGCCUAUGAGAAACCUCCAAAUUACACAGGUGGAUCGCGUUCUAUUUCUCUUGGACAGCACUGGUCUGAAGGAUGACAAAAAUAACGAUACGUUUGAAUCACGCCGUGUCUUUAGGGAAAAGAAGAAAGAAGAGUUUCCUUUCGUGUCGCUUAGGGGUUCCUCGCAAGCAUCAUCUGACAGAGAAAAGCCCUGGCUCCCGCCCCAGUGGCUUCUAAUCCUGGUGUCCUCGCGCCCAGAAAGCCGGGAACGGGCAAGCCUGGCAAGGCGUUUUGAAAGGGAACAGGACCCCCCAAGUAUAGGAUGCGUUUUUGCCUCACAAAAGUCCCUUGGAGGUGGGGGGACGGCAGCGGCUGAGGGGCAGGAAAGAGGAGAGCACACGGCGAGCGGCCCUUGGAAUCAGGCACGCAAAACCUCGGCCCCCAGGCUCCCAUUUCCAGGUUCGGGAGUGACCUCCUCAAGAUGGCCGCCGCCUGGGGGCGGGCCGCUACGCUGCAUGGGUGUUGAUUGGGUGAGACGACUCGAUGGUGCGCAAUGAUUGGUUUACACGGCGCGAGCUGGGCGGAACCGGAAGAUGGUGUGUGCCAAGGGCUGCCAGGGGCCUGGGGCUCGGCGUCGUUUCCCGGGGGAUGUGGAGAGCUGGCAGCAUGUCUGCUGAGCUGGGAGUCGGAUGUGCAUUGCGGGCGGUGAACGAGCGCGUGCAGCAGGCGGUGGCGCGGCGGCCGCGGGAUCUUCCAGCCAUCCAGCCCCGGCUAGUGGCAGUCAGCAAAACCAAACCUGCAGACAUGGUGAUCGAGGCCUAUGGACAUGGGCAGCGCACUUUCGGCGAGAACUACGUUCAGGAACUGCUAGAAAAAGCAUCAAAUCCUAAAAUUCUGUCUUUGUGUCCUGAGAUCAAAUGGCACUUCAUUGGCCAUCUACAGAAACAAAAUGUCAAUAAACUGAUGGCUGUCCCCAAUCUCUUCAUGCUGGAAACAGUGGAUUCUCUGAAGUUGGCAGACAAAGUGAACAGUUCCUGGCAGAAAAAAGGUUCUCCUGAAAGGUUAAAGGUUAUGGUCCAGAUUAACACCAGCGGAGAAGAGAGUAAACAUGGCCUCCCACCUUCAGAGACCAUAGCCGUCGUGGAGCACAUAAAUGCCAAGUGUCCUAGCCUGGAGUUUGUGGGACUGAUGACCAUAGGAAGCUUUGGGCAUGAUCUUAGUCAAGGACCAAAUCCAGACUUCCAGCUGUUACUGUCCCUCCGGGAGGAGCUGUGUAAAAAGCUGAACAUCCCUGCUGACCAGGUUGAGCUAAGCAUGGGCAUGUCCGUGGAUUUCCAGCACGCGAUUGAAGUAGGAUCUACAAAUGUCCGAAUAGGAAGCAUCAUUUUUGGAGAGCGGGAUUACUCAAAGAAACCCACCCCGGACAAGUGCGCAGCAGAUGUGAAGGCGCCGCGGGAGGUGGCACAGGAGCACUGAGCCAGGGAAUACUGAGAGUACUAACUAUGCACUAACCUAGAUUUUCUUUUUUUUUUUUUGUGAGACGGAGUCUCGCUCUGUCGCCCGGGCUGGAGUGCAGUGGCGGGAUCUCGGCUCACUGCAAGCUCCGCCUCCCGGGUUCACGCCAUUCUCCUGCCUCAGCCUCCCGUGUAGCUGGGACUACAGGCGCCCGCCACCUCGCCCGGCUAGUUUUUUGUAUUUUUUAGUAGAGACGGGGUUUCACUGUGUUAGCCAGGAUGGUCUUGAUCUCCUGACCUCGUGAUCCACCCGUCUCGGCCUCCCAAAGUGCUGGGAUUACAGGCUUGAGCCACCGCGCCCGGCCUCCCCUUUUUCAUCUCAUUUUAAUAGGAAAUUCCUUAUGGUUAACUACUCCCUACAAACUCCUACUACAUUGUAUAGAUUGCUGCUCUGGAAUAAGGUGAUUUCUGCCCCCAGAUUCUUCCCUAGCCGAUAGAUAUGUGAAGAUACUCCCAACUGUGGAAUGGCAGUACAGGUAACUUCAGGAAAUGGCUCGGGUUAAUUCUCAAAACACAAAUUGUUGCUGGCCAGGCACGGUGACUCAUGCCUGUAAUCCCAGCAAUUUGGGAGGCAGAGGUGGAAGGAUCGCCUGAGCCUAGGAGUUCAAGACCAGCCUCAGCAACAUCAGGAGACCCCAUCUCUACAAAAAAUUUAAAAAUUAACUGGGCAUGGUGGCUGAGGUGGAAGAAUCACUUGAGCCCAGGAGUUUGAGGCUGCAGUGAGGUAUGAUUGCACCACUGUACUCCUGCCUAAAAAAAUAAAACAUAAAUAAAAUGUCCCAAUAGUCCAUCAAGGCUUUGAUCACUUGGGGAGUUCUUCGUAGAUGCUGUCACAUUUCUUAAAGCAACCUUUUAAUAUACAGAUAAUACCCCCCCACACACCUUUUUUAGAGACAGCCUGUCUCUUAAAAAAAAAAAAAUUAAUUUGGUAGUGAGAGCUUGUGUCACUGCCAGUCUGUGGUAUCCCUGAAAUUAAGGGAUAACAUAAGCAGGAAUUGGGCCUUUCUGACAUCGUCCUUAAGAGACAGGACUUUUUGAGUUUUUCCUCUGGGACCUACAGUGAUGAGCGUUUAAUGAUUUAUCUCCUCCACUAUAAUCUCUUUAGGAUGAUUUUUUUAAUCAAAAACCAGGGAAUAUCAUUACUCCUAAGAAACGAAAGAUUCCUUCAAAGCCUGUUCAGGCACAUGGUUUCAACAAAGCCUGACUUUGACGUUCCUUGUCCUGAGGAGCACUUUCCAGGCACAGUUACAGCUUCCCCGCUGUAUUUACAAGCCAAAAUUGUGCAACUCUUCUGGAUCAUUUAAUAAAGUAACAAGAUCUUUAAAAAACCCAAAAACACCAUUCUCCAAUAGUCAUGACAGAUGGCUUCAGUAUGGCUUGUUUUUUAUUUUCCAGAUGGCUUUUUCUCUUAUUUUUUCAAGCCCCAGUCUGAUUUUACAAGUAACUUUCAAACAUGAUGCUGCUGCCGAAUGUACUUUUGUAAACUUAAAGAUUAUGAUUCCUGUAUUAUUUCAGUGAGAGCUACAGUGUGAUAUUUCAGAGUCUAUUAAAUAAAAAAUGUGAGUUUGAAUUAUACCAUCUGUGCCAAUUACAAAGCAAUUAAAAGAUUUAUUUUUUAUGA